CCUCCCUUUUCGGCUUUUCCCAACUCCGCAAGUUGGGAGGCGCGCAAACCGCUUGCACCUGCUCCUUUCCUCCACUUUCUCCACCCAACUUUCCUAUAGGGUCGGCUUCUCCGAACAUGAAGGGUUACAAACGCAGCGGCGAAGCUAGCAGCCGAGUCGGGGUUUCUGGGAUGAGGCGUGGAUAAGCGUCUGAGGCGAAGCGGAGGCUGUCUCCCUCUCCCCCCCCUCCCCCGGUGAAAAGGGCGCCAAACCCUUCCGCCAACCUGUCUCCCAACAGCUGAAUGUAAUAUAUGCUGAACAUGCCCCGUAGUCCAACAUCAAGUGAAGAUGAGAUGGCUCAGAGCUUUUCAGAUUAUUCAGUGGAAUCAGAAUCAGACAGCUCCAAAGAAGAAACCAUUUACGACACCAUCAAGGCGACAGCAGAAAAGCCAAGUAGCAAAAUGGAAGAUGACCAGAAUAACACAUUAGUGAUACGGAUUAUAAUACCAGAUCUACAGCAAACUAAGUGUAUUCGAUUUAAUCCUGAGGCUUCAGUAUGGAUUGCAAAACAACGAAUUCUUUGUACAUUGAAUCAAAGUUUGAAAGAUGUUCUCAAUUAUGGCCUAUUCCAGCCAGCAAACAAUGGAAGAGAUGGGAAAUUUCUGGACGAAGAACGUCUUCUUAUGGAAUAUCCACAAAAUAUCAACAAGGGUGUUCCAUCCUUAGAGUUUUGCUACAAGAAAAGAGUCUAUAGACAAUUAAAUCUUGAUGAAAAACAAGUAGCCAAAUUGCAUACUAAGGCUAAUUUUCGAAAAUUUAUGGACCUUGUUCAUCACUGUUCAGUUGAAAAACUAAUGAAGAUGCUAGACCGAGGACUUGAUCCUAACUAUCAUGACUUAGAAAAUGGAGAAACCCCACUAACUCUGGCAGCUCAACUUAGCAAUACUGCAGAAGUAAUCAAAGCACUGAAAAAUGGAGGAGCUCAUUUAGAUUUUAGAGCCAAAGAUGGAAUGACAGCAUUACAUAAAGCAGCUAGAGCCAAGAAUCAACUGACCCUGAAGACUCUCUUAGAUCUUGGAGCAUCUCCAAACUACAAAGAUAGCUGUGGGUUGACACCACUGUAUCACACUGCUGUAGUAGGAGGCGAUCCAUCUUGUUGUGAGUUGCUACUACAUGAACAUGCUAUGGUUGGUUGUAGAGACGAAAAUGGAUGGCAGGAAAUCCACCAGGCUUGUCGAUAUGGGCAUGUCCAGCAUUUAGAACAUUUUCUCUUUUAUGGAGCAGAUAUGGGAGCUCAGAACGCAUCUGGAAACACAGCAUUGCAUAUCUGUGCACUUUACAAUCAGGACAGCUGUUCAAGAGUAUUGUUGCUACGGGGCGCAAACAAGGAAUUAAAGAAUUAUAAUAAUCAGUCACCAUUUCAGGUAGCAAUAAUUGCUGGAAAUUUUGAACUUGCUGAAUAUAUCAAGAAUCAUAAGGAAACUGAUAUUGAUGAAUUAUCCGAUGGAUUAAAUGACAUGGGUUGUUCCUCUUCAAGUGAACAAGUGCCAUUCAAAGAGGCUCCCACUUACUCAAACAGACGACGGAAACCUCACAGCAUUUUGGCCACACCUCGCCUCUUGCUUCGGUCUAAUAGCGAUAACAAUUUGAACGUCAAUCUUCCUGACUGGUCAGCCUCCCCUUUACCCUCUUCACACCGUAGCCUUUCGCCUCACCUACUCCAACAGAUGCAGAAUAAUCCUAAUGGAACUGUGAAAACUGUGGGAAGUUACACUUCAUCUUCUCGGAGCCGCUCUCCAUCAUUAAAUAGGCUAGGAGAGGAUGCAAAGCACCAGCAGCAACGGCACAUUAGUGCCAAUUAUAAUCCCAGUGCCAACAAGGACAUUAUAUCUGCUUUGGAUUAUCAGGGUCAUAAACGCAAACUAUAUAGUGCUGUACCUGGAAGAGUAUUUAUCGUUGUGAAGCCAUAUCAACCUCAAGGAGAAGGGGAAAUUCAUUUGCAUAAAGGUGACAGGGUAAAAGUUUUGAACAUCGGUGAGGGUGGAUUCUGGGAAGGCAGUAUUCGGGGACAUAUUGGAUGGUUUCCUGCAGAAUGCGUUGAGGAAGUGCAAUAUAAGCCAAAUGAAAGUAAACCAGAAACUCGAGCAGAUAGAACAAAGAAAUUGUUUAGACAUUAUACUGUUGGAUCAUAUGACAGCUUUGAUGCUCCAAGUGACUGCAUUAUAGAAGAAAAGGCAGUGGUCCUGCAGAAAAAAGACAAUGAAGGAUUUGGGUUUGUGCUCAGAGGGGCCAAAGCUGAUACACCAAUUGAGGAAUUCACACCAACGCCAGCCUUCCCUGCCUUGCAGUACCUGGAAUCAGUUGAUGAAGGAGGGGUAGCAUGGCAAGCUGGCUUGAGAACAGGAGACUUUUUGAUAGAGGUUAAUAAUGAAAAUGUAGUCAAGGUUGGCCACAGGCAGGUGGUGAAUAUGAUCCGACAAGGAGGCAAUCACUUAGUUCUUAAAGUUGUCACUGUAACCAGAAAUCUAGAUCCAGAUGACACAGCCAGAAAGAAAGCCCCACCACCUCCAAAACGGGCUCCAACCACUGCACUGACCUUGCGGUCUAAGUCAAUGACCUCAGAGCUUGAAGAGCUUGCUUCAGUACGGAAGAAGAAGGAUAAAGCUGACGAAAUAGUGCCAGUUUCCAAGCCAUCAAGAAUUCCAGAAAAUGCAGUUGUGGACUCCAGAGUGGCAACAAUUAAACAACGACCUUCUAGUAGAUGUUUUCCCUCAGCUACUGAUAUGAAUUCCAUGUAUGAAAGACAAGGGAUUGCUGUAAUGCCACCAACAGUACCUGGAAGUCCUCAAGGCCCAUUUCUGGGUGUACCACGAGGUACAGUAAGAAGACAAAAAUCAAUAGGGGUAACAGAAGAAGAGCGGCAAUUUUUGGCUCCUCCCAUGCUCAAAUUUACUAGAAGUCUAUCAAUGCCAGAUACUUCAGAAGAUAUUCCCCCUCCACCACAGUCUUUGCCUCCAUCACCACCACCUCCUUCUCCUUCUCUUUACAACUCUCCCAAAUCUCCAGUAUCUAGAAUGUAUGGCACAAUUAAGCCUGCUUUUAAUCAGAAUUCAGGUACAAAGAUAGCUGUUUCCAGUCGGUCUGAACACAUGGGGACUGUGAUCAGAGACAAAGGCAUGUAUUACAGGAGAGAAAUGGACCGUUAUUCUCUAGAUUCUGAGGACUUAUACAGCAGAAAUGCCGCAACUCAGGCCAACUUCAGAAACAAGAGAGGUCAUAUGCCAGAGAAUCCUUACUUGGAAGUUGGAAAAAUAGCCAGCAAAGCAAUGUAUGUUCCAGCGAAACCAGCCCGACGGAAGGGAAUGCUAGUGAAACAGUCUAAUGUUGAGGACAGUCCAGAAAAAACUUGCUCCAUUCCUAUUCCAACCAUUAUUGUGAAAGAGCCAUCCACCAGCAGCAGUGGGAAAAGCAGUCAAGGAAGCAGCAUGGAAAUCGACCCCCAGGCUUCAGAGCAACCAGGACAGCUGCGACCCGAAGAUAGCUUGACAGUCACCCCUUUUGCAGCUGCCAUUGCAGGAGCAGUGAGGGAUAGGGAGAAAAGAUUAGAAGCCAGGCGCAAUUCUCCGGCUUUCCUUUCCACAGAUUUGGGAGAUGAGGAUAUUGGACUAACCCCUCCAACUCCACGUAUGAGACAGUCUAAGUUUAGCGAUGAGGGGCUCUUUGGUAACGAAGAGGAGUUCAGGCAGCUUGUAUCACCAUCUCCUAUCCCAGCACCUAGAGAGACCGAAAACAUUUUCAAUGGCAGCGAAUCAAAUAACCAAAAUGACGUAAGGACACCAAACUCUUCAGUCCAAACCAUGGCGAGUUCUGAAAACAAUGCAUUGACAACCCAAAAUACUGGCUUAGAUAAUUAUGUUCAUCCCCUGACAGGGAAAGUACUGGACCCCAAUUCCCCUUUAGCCCUUGCCCUCUCUGCCAGGGACAGAGUCAUGAAAGAGCAAAGCCAGCCGAUUCCAGGGAAAGGGGAAUCCAGCAAAGCAGAUCUUAACAAACCCCUUUACAUCGAUACAAAGAUGAAGCCCAGCGUUGAAGCACCAUUCCCAGCAAUAGCUACCAUUGCUAGGCAAAAUACGCGUGGUCUACUGAGGCGCCAGGAGACGGAGAAUAAAUAUGAGACGGAUGCAGCAAAAGAGAGGCGGUCUGAAGAGAAAAAGAACAUGCUAAUAAAUAUUGUGGAUACCUCACAACAAAAGUCAGCCGGUUUGCUCAUGGUUCAUACGGUGGACACAGCACAAGCCAGCGAUAACCCUGAAAAAGAAGAGAAAAGUGCUGAGAUGGAGGUGAACGUUGAAAAGCCACCAUCGGAGAUGCAGGAAGAGACAGAAGCAGAAGAAAGUGGUUUGGGUGAUCCUGGCCUGCUUCCGCCACUGUCCCCAUCCUGCAAAACAAUUGUUGCUGUUAGCUCAAUCGACGAUCCAAUCAUUUUGCCAUUUCGUAUUCCUCCUCCCCCUUUAGCUUCGGUUGAUCUUGAUGAAGACUUUAUCUUUACUGAGCCAUUACCUCCUCCUUUAGAGUUUGCUAACAGUUUUGAUAUUCCUGAUGACAACUCAGUCCCAGCUUCUGUCUUGGCCCUAACAGACUUGGUCAAACAGAGAAAAAACGGAACUCCUCCUGCUUCAUUUAACCCUAUCCAACCCUCAGAUUCAUUAGACGGUAAGAAAUCAGGGGGUCUUUCAAACUGCUUGCCUCCCUCAUUUUUGCCACCCCCUGAAAACUUUGAUAAUGUCCCUGACUCUGGGAUCGAAGAGGUGGACAGUCGAAGUAGUAGUGACCAUCAACUAGAGACAACCAGCACUAUCUCAACCGUGUCCAGCAUCUCUACCUUGUCCUCUGAAGGUGGUGAGAACUUGGAUACUUGUACAGUCUAUGCAGAUGGGCAAACAUUUCUGGUGGACAAACCCCCAGUACCUCCUAAGCCAAAAAUGAAGCCCAUAAUCCACAAAAGCAAUGCACUUUAUAAAGACGCGCUCAUUGAAGAAACUGUGGAUAGUUUUGUUAUUCCUCCUCCAGCCCCACCUCCUCCUCCAAUCAGCACACAGCCCAGUAUGGCUACAGUUGUACAGCAAAGGACCUCUAAGCUCUGGGGCGAUGUCACAGAAAUUAAAAGCCCAGCUCUCUCAGGCCCAAAGGCAAAUGUUAUUAGUGAACUGAACUCAAUACUGCAGCAAAUGAACAGAGAAAAAUCCUCAAAGCCAGGAGAAGGGUUGGAGUCCCCUCCAGGGACAAAAGUUGCCACUACAAGGAGCACAGAGGUCAUGAGCACAGUCUCAGGUACUCGGAGUUCAACCAUCACCUUUACCGUUCGGCCUGGAACUAGCCAGCCCAUCACACUUCAGAGCAGAGUCCCAGACUAUGAUAGCAGGACAUCAGGAGCCAGACAUGCUCCAAGCCCAGUGGUUUCACCAACAGAGAUAAGUAAAGACAUCCUGCCUGCUCCUCUGACUGCUGCUGUUCCAGCUGCAUCUCCUUCUCCAACUCCUUCUGAUGUUUAUAGCCUACCCAGCCAGCCUCCUUCCGGAGACCUCUUUGCUUUGAAUACAGGGCGCAGCAGGUCUCCUUCUCCCUCAAUAUUACAACAGCCAAUCUCAAAUAAGCCUUUUACAACUAAACCUGUCCACCUGUGGACUAAACCAGAUGUGGCAGAUUGGUUGGAAAGUUUAAACUUAGGUGAACAUAAAGAGACCUUUAUGGAUAACGAAAUAGAUGGCACUCACUUACCAAACCUUCAGAAAGAAGACUUGAUAGACCUUGGAGUGACUAGGGUUGGUCACAGAAUGAACAUAGAAAGAGCCUUGAAACAACUAUUGGACAGAUAAGAAUGGUUGGUCUUGCCUCACAAACCUUUGUUAUAAAUAGAGAUAGGCUGGUAUCAAAACACCCCAAAUGCCUUGGCUCCCCAAGAGUAGCACCAAAUUAAAAAGCAUCCAUUAGAUUGCCAAUUUAUGUCCAAAAUCAAUUCCAUGUCAAUCCACAUUAAUGGGACCAAAUAUUUUUAAAAUGGAUGGGGCAAAUAAGAGAGAAGAAUGGAAAUAAUUGUGAACUUUAAAAAAAGAACCAAAUUUGUAAGCUCCAAUCAUAUUGAUAUUAUCUUGAAAGUUUAUACUUUAAUUGCUGGUACACACACGACUAUCACUUCUUUUUCAGUCUAGGGAUUGGUUUUUCUGUUAAAAAUGACCUUCUGCUUGAAAAAUAAUGUGUCACCUCUUUUUGAUUAAAACCCACAGGUAUUUCUCUACGUACUAGAACAUGUUGUGUCCAGCUCUUUUUGCAAUCUGCUUUCAUAUGACUAAUAUUUCAUAUGAUUGUUGGAUUCAGUCCCAUUGCUGUGGUCAGACAAUUUCUCCUUUCAGUUUUUCUAAACUGAUUCUUGGUUAGUUCUGCCACUUAAUUUUUCCGCUAAUAUUCACUUUUUUCAUGAUGUAUUUACUGAUUUUUGAGAAACUUCUAUACAUUCACAGCAUUGCCAGAAUUUUAAAAAAAUGUCAGAUGUUUUUGGCUCAUUAUUAUGUUGAUUUCUUUGGAAGUGAAAUUAGUUUUUGUCAUCCAGUGUAAUUUGUUAUUUGACUUUUAAGAUUUUAUUUUUCCAUUUAUGUUUAGUGCCUUUCCAAAUUGCCGGAUAGUUAUUAGGCAUGCUUUUUUCUUUUGGUUUAUAAUGCAGUAUAAUGUGUGAAAGCUAUGUAAGAAAUCUUAGCUGCCUAAAAUAAAAGUAAAAAUAUUUGUAAGAAAUUGGAAUUGAAGAUAUCUGUGCACAGAAAGAUGGUAGUACGAUUAAGAUCUUGUCCACAUUUCUUUGUGGUGGACUGGGAUGAUAGGUAAGUAAUUCAGGGUUGUAUUUUCAAAACAAGCAUUCAUCAAGCCUGUUUUAAUUACUCUCAUAUAGGAUUGAGUUGUUUGGACAAUAUUGCACAAGACCUUUUCUUUGAGGUGGAAACAGGUAUCAGGAUUAGAUGUCUUUUCUUUCCACAAGCGCAUCAGUGAGUGUGGAUUUUUUUUUUGGGGGGGGGGGGGGGGGAAUGAUGUUUUGGCUUCCCAAAAAGAGUUAAGUUCUAGUUUUUAAAGAACUGUGUUUUACAUAAAGGUUACUUUUGCUGGAUCAAAGUGAUCAUGUGUGAUAGUGGAUUUUAUUACCAUUGUAAUCGCCCUAGCCUAGUAUCAUAGAAAGAAUAGUGAAUUUUCCUUCUGCAAUUUUGUAUGUGGAUGCACAAAUCAAUGCACAAGCUGCAGUCGACAGUAACUGCACAGGUGGCUUCUUCACCUUCAAGAAGGUCUUUGGAUUUUUGACCUGCUUAUUCUUUCCUGCUUAAGAAAAUCAGCUGUUGAUCAAUCUGCGUGGCACAAGCCUGUUUACUUAUGGAAAUGGAUUUAAAUCUUUACUGUUUUAUCAUAUUAGGAAGAUGUUGCCCGGUGUCUACAAGAAAUAUGAAAUGAAAAUAUCAAUAAAAGUACGUGUUGCAAAAGUAGUUUUAUGAAAACAGUAGGUACCUAUUAUAUAUGCAAGGGACAAUUUUUUCUAAAAAUGGAGAUCAAGGGUAUCAUCCUAAUAAUAAUGUUUUGUUUAAAAUUAAACUACAGGAUUGUUCUGUGCUUCCUUCCCAUACAAAUUGCUGUGUUUUAGGAGAACCCACCUAGCUUGCAAAUUAAAGAAAGAGAAGGUUGAGACAAAAAUCACAUUCAGAACUGUUUACGAAAAAAAUUGAGUGGAUUUUUAAAAGCAUGGUCUUUUGGCAGACAUAUAUAUAUAUAUUCAGAUUUGGUGGCUUCUAUGAAAUUUAGAAUUCUUUCUUCCCACCAUAAAUAAUCCACAUUAGCAAUGUUGUUGGUUCACAGUGUCAUGAAUAAUUUAGCCUGUACAUGUGAGUUUGCUUAAUAAUUUAAUUGGAAGGCAUCUUAGUUCAUUUUUUUAAUAUAUCCCAGCCUAUCUCUAAUUAUAAUUUUAUUUUCUCAUAACUGAAUGUCUAAUUUGGGGUCCACAAUAGACCUAGGAUUAGUACAUAAAGUUCAGCAAUUUCAAUACCUUUCUUUAUUGCAAGUCUAAAUAGUUGUACAGAUAGUUUAUAAGCACAAUAUUUUAAGAAUAUAAGUGGCUGGUCUACUGGGCAGCCUUUGUGCCACUUCAGUGCUAGAAAUUAAAAAAAAAAGACUUUAGUGGUUUACUACUACUUCUGUGGAAUAAGUAUUAAAUCUUGACCUUUUUAAAUCAGUAUCAUUUGGAUGCAUCUGAACCAGCAGAGCUGUGUUAUAUUUUCUAUCUUUGCUAAAACUUCUUCAGAUGAUGUGUCUCCUCAAACAUGGUAACAAUCAACAAUACUUGGGUAAUUAUUAAAAAAAAAUAGUCACCUCUCUCCUUCCGCUAUCAAAACUGGUCCUUUUAAGUUAUUGUCACUUAAGACUCUUUUCAAAUUUCUUUCAACACUUGCAUACUCCAAAUGGAUUUCUAAUUAAAAUAAAGUUUCAGUGCAAAAACUUUGAAAUAUUGAUACAAAGUUGUAUCUAGAGGACAAUCUAGAGGACAAUAUUCACAUAUUUGAUAACAAAUUUUCUUUUGAUGGGGGCAGGGGAAGGGUGUAAAAAAAAGAUGAUUUUGACAUCAUUGUCUUCCAUUUGGUGAUAAUGCAGAAAUCAGUAAAUAAACCAUAAUGCCAUGCUCCUUUUGAUUUCUUUGAGUGCAGUUGGUUUUACCUCUAUAAUGUGCCAGAAAAUGCAUUAGGACAAGUGAUACAAAAGAAAAAAAGGGGGGGAAAUUACUUUUGAGCUGCUGUUAAUCAUAAUAUUUUACUGUUUAAUGUAUAAUAUUUGUUAACAAAUUAUUGGUGAUCGUACCCCCUUUCUUAAAAGGGGUCUCUUGCCCAUGUAUCUUUCCAGGCACUUAAAUAGCGAGUACAAUAUAAUUAUUAGAGAAGAUUUUUAAACAUCAAAGAGCUAAUGAAAUUUAUUUUUUAAAUAAUGUUGUAUGAUCUAGAGUAAUAGGGUCUGCAAGGAAUUGCUUUAUAUCAAGGAAAAAAGACCUUUGGCAAGUCUUUAGCAUUGUUUGAUGGCUUUAUAAUAGAAAGCAAUAGUAAGGAUGCAGAAUUGUUUCCUAGCAUUUUGGUCAAUACUGAAAAUGUCAGGAGCAGAUUGGCCCUUUUAAUGUUAUGCUACUUUGAUGGUGCAAAAUACAGUGAUUACAAAUAAUCUUGUUAUGAUAUUCCAGGUUUUAGGAACAACUUUUGUUUAUAUACUGUAAUUUAAUAAAUUGCAUUUACAUGCUUAGUUUCUGUAAUAUUUGUGUAUACAAUACCAAAAUCACACAAGAUGUAAAUUGUGUAUAACUACACAGACUCCUUUCCCUAGGUGUCUAGUUUUGAUUCAUAUAUUAUAAAAUGACUAUAUGUGACUGUUGAUUUACAGAAUUUACAUAUCACAGAAGCUAGCUCUUUGUGGUACCUAAGUUAAUAAAAGUGAUUUUUCUGAGUUCCUUUACAAAUAAGCAUUAUCCAGUUGAUCUGGCAAUGACUCUGCGUACGAGCCUAAAAUAAUGAAAAUUUUCUCAUGACAUCUUUUUUUCCUUUUUUUAGAGAGUAAUGUUUUUGCUAUGGUUUGUGAAACAACUAUGUUCACGUUAUCUAUGUUGCUGUAAUUUUUUGUGCUUUAAUUCCUCUAAUUUCCAACUGAUUAAAACAAAUCAAACUCCUGUAACUUGCACUUUCCCUAAUCCUUACUACUCUUGUAUGGCAACCAAAAUUACUGUAAGAAAUAAAUAUCAUAUUGCAC